AUGUCUGCUAAUGACCCAUUUCCCUUGGUCGCUGCUGACCAGCCCAAGCCCUCCAAGAAACCCCAUUGGAGAGAGAAGCUUUUCUCCAAGGACAAGAGUCAAAUCAAAGUCACCUCCGAUAAGCAAAUCGAAGACUUUCUGGCUACUUCAAGACCUUUGCCCGACCAACACGUGAAGGGUAUUGUUUCUAAUCAAAACCAUCAUCACAAUCAUCAACUGUCGCAGUCGCAUGACCAACCACAUCGGCAGCAGUAUCAGCCUCCUCAGCCUCCUCCACUUUCGACGCAUCGGGCCCUAGCCCCUCAUCAUCUCCCCAAUGUGGCGCUGCCUCAAAUUCCUUACCAAAUAUCUCCAUCAUCUGACAAGCACGCCGCCUUUACCGUUCAAUUUACCGAAGAUGAACUUACGUCUCCCGAGCAACCUCAGCCGCAACCCCAAUCACAUCCAAUACCCCAAGUUCAACAGGAACAGCCUCAACGAUCCAAGACCAUACGGAACCCUCGCAAAGGGAAGGGCCUCCGAGUCGGCUUCUCGGAACGUGCUCCCGAUGUGAUGGGAGAAGGUGGGGAUGAAACAGAUACCCCAACCAUCGAGAUCUCGCGGGCCCUUCAGCGGUCACGAGAAAUGAAGACAUCGCAACCGCCUCGAUCUCCAGAUCCAUCCCGCCCUCAUCUACCGACACUGAGAGUCAACACAUCGCUGGGCGAUGGAACCCAACGGGCGCAGGCCUCCGGUGGUGGAACAAGUCCCAAUCACAACAAGAGAAUACCCCUGAUGCUCAACGUACAAGAUGCAGAGUUCUUGACCACUCUCAAGUCUCCAGGCUCUCGCAUCUCGUUCAGGGGGUCGCCGGACUCACAUUCCUUUGCGGAGCGGGUGCGCAACCAGAUGCAGGCUGAGGAAGGCCGUGCUUUACAUCAUACAUACGAAGAAUACACAUCCCCGGUGGAUGACGACGACGACGAUGAUGAUAAUGAUGAUGAUGAAGAGUACGAGGAUGACGAAAUUUCAAGUCCCGAUCUUCCUUCGCAUAGCCCUAAAACACCGAAUGAGUUGUGUUACAAUGUCCCUCCCAUCUCGGUCACAUCCAACGGCCCCUCCGUCAAGUCGAUUGUCCACUCCAUUCGAAAUCCACCAAGUCCGACCGUUCACCGAGGCCCCGACAGUCUGAGCCCGAUUGACCCUCGAAUUCCCCCCAACCUAGUACCAGGCAGCCCAGGAAAACCUACCCCUCCUCAGCUUGCUCCACCGUCUCCAGUGUAUGUGCAGGCCCCUCCCUACGAAGAGGAAAAGCAAUCUGCACCAUUGCGACAGGCCUCUCCCCCAAAGCAAAAGUCCCUCCCAUCAAGUCAGUCAAGCCAGCUGCCCUCGUCGGAUUCACGAACCUCCAAGUUUACUUUGCGCUCGGUUGCCAAUCAAGUUGGCGAUGUCGCCUUUACUGAAUUCAGAGAAUACAUUGCUCAACAUGAUGGUCACCUCCGAUCGGCCGCUGAGAGCGUCAAACCUUUGAUGGAAACAUCAUUGACAGAAUGGGUUCGGGCUGCGAUGUGGUGGUUUUUGCGAGGAAAAACACGAUUGGAGGCGUUUGCCCGCUCUAAAUCGGCUCCCCCUAGUGCCGCCAAACAGGCCGUCAUAGAUCUUGGAAAGGCUUUCUGGAUCUGUGAGAACAUUGUGCCUGUGCACAACGAGCUAUCUCGUAUUGGCAAUGGCAGAAUGAGUAUUGAUGCAUGUCUAGCCGUGGCAAGCACCACUGGCGAUAAAGAGAUGGCGGAUCUCCUUAGCUUGCAUCUCAACAUCCAGAAUCACCUGCGAUCGUUGUCUAUGUCUAUAAAGCGCAACAAUAUCCUUGCUACCAUUUUCAAGGAUGACAGGUCCCCUAGCCACUUGGACACCAGUGUUUGGCUACGAUAUCCCUUCUUUGCUCCGGACGUGUCCGCAGUGCUUUCUGGAGCGGCCACUAGAUCGAUGUUGGCUGACAAACCCGGCAAGACCCCAAGCAUAGUUUAUAUGAUGCCACUGGGAGAUACGAGUCGGUAUUUCAGCUAUGGUAGCAUGUUCGUGCAAGCCUGUGUCAGCUCCAGAGACGAUCAAGAAGGCCAGCAAUAUGCUAUGCCAUGCUGCUUGACGAUCAUUCGCGAGCGCACAGACUGGUACGUGUUCGCUGCCAUCACCAGUCAGAGUCAACUCGUCAAUGUCAUGAUCCAGUCCGAUAGGAAGCAGGGCCCGACUUGGGAUGAUGUAGACUGGCAAGUCCGUAGUAACUCUAUGCGAGUAAAACUUCCCCGAGGAUUUGAAUUGGACGUCAUGUUCAAGGACGAGGAUUUCAAAAUGCUCUGGAACAUUGUCAAGUACACCCAGAAGUCAGAGUCAACUCUUGCCCCGGAAGCCGGUGAGACUGUGGUAUUUGAGAAUACUUUGAAGCUUUUCCAAUACAUGGACCCCAGCACACCCAAGGCCUUCCCUUCGGAUCCUCUGGAGCGCUGUCGGGUUCGCCUGUUUGAACGAUUGACUACGGUGACCGAGGGCACUGGCUCACGAAGUGCUCAUCGAGGAUUCCGGCUGACCGUUCUCACAAGCCCCAAGGUGAAGACACUCAGCUGUGUCAAGCACGUUCUGGGUCAAGGAUCCCCCUUGGUUUUCGGCCUACUCAGAGGAGAAGAUGGGGCUCCAGCUCUGCUACUCAAGGUGACCGAGGAAGGUCGCACACGAUCUAUGCUCUUGACAUUCCACGAAGUGGAAGAACGAACAAGGGUUCAUGCAUUGUUGUUGGGCAUGAUGGCUCAAGAAGAUGAGACCAAAACUCCGGACAUCCCCAUUCGAGGAUAUGCCAUUGAAGAGCCGGCCGACGCAGCCAGUGGUCGACCAGCGAUUACACACCUGCAAUUCCCUGCCGGAAAUGUUUCUGUGAUUGAUCAACCUCAUGCCAACGUUGAACACGGCUAUGGACCGACCAUUCUAUCGGAACAUUUGAGGGCAUUCGUUGCUACCGAGUGGGGAUCCGUUACUGAUCGUAUUAAUUUGGGACCUGGAUACUUCAAGAUUGGCCUGGAUGUCAAUCGAAGGACGGGUAUGAGCUUGUUCCGCCCACCACAGCAGGAUCUGACCAUUUCGCUGGCGGACAAUCUCACUCGCCCUGAACAGUCCGAGCAGGUUGCGGAUUUGCUUCAGAGACUUACCACUAAACCAAUGAUUCGUCGGUUUGACUUCGGCUCUCUACAGGGUAUGUUGUCACAACUUGCACCUCGACUUGUCUCCUCAUUAAUUACUCUUUAG